AAUGAAAUAUUCCUGAGGCAAUGAAUUGCAAGAACGAAAAUUGUGCCAAUAUUGUAAAGGUGGACAUCUCACCUGCUCUUCAUGUAUUUAUUGAACUUGGAGUAAGAGAAGGAAUUGAGCAAGACCCUGCAAUGAUAUCUUGUCGUCUGAAAGAUAUUCCAAGUGUACUCGAUGUUGGCAACACAAAGUAUCGAUUGGCAGGAGUAUUGCAUUAUGCUCAUGAACACUUCACAGCAUAUUGUCGAAGAAUUAAAGGACAAUGGAACUUGUAUGAUGAUAUGACGCCAAAAAAACAAUUUAUUCAACGAGCUAAUCCAAAAAUCACACCUGUUGGUGCAAUAUAUAUUCUGAUUAAUCCAUAAUUAUAUAAUAAUAUUCAGUAUCAUCCUGAUUUAAUAUAAAUAUAAAUAAUG